AUGCGGAAGAUCAGAGUUGUAGGCAACAUAAGCGCUUUGUUUCUCAAUUUGAAGCAUCUGAGUGACUUGGAUUUGAGCUACAAUGACUUUGGAGGGAUUCCAAUUCCCAGCUCCAUAGACUCUCUGGUGAGUUUGACAUAUCUUAAUCUUUCUGAAGCAGGAUUUGACGGAUUAAUCCCUUGCCAACUUGGAAAUCUUACCCGUUUGCGCCACCUCAGGGUGCGAGGUCCAUAUGUAGAUUUGGAUGAUAAAUCUGAACUUAUGUCGGCAAUCUUAAUUGGCUUUCUCAAUAACCUGGAUUCUCCAUUACCAAAUUGGUUGUUUACCCUUAAUGGUCUUGUUUCUCUUACACUGCAAAAUUAUAAUUUUGGGGGUCCAAUUCCCAUUGGCCUCAAGAACUUGACUGCUCUUAGAAAUCUUGUUCUGGGUGAAAUUGAUUUUACCAGUAAAAUCAUGCCUCAAUGGUUGUAUGGUUUUCAACUGUGA